ACGACGAUGUACUCCUGCGGCCAUCGAUCCACUCUAACUCUUCGCCGGCGGAGGCGGGCGGCUCUAUGGAGAUUGUUCUGCUUUCAGAUCACGUCUUUAGCCUCUCGCCUCCACUCGCUCCACUUCUUCGUCAUCGAGGCCGCUUCGAUCCCUUGUUCCACAAAUAUCGUUCCUUUCCUUACCAUCGACACCGGAGUCGGAAGCCCGUCGUAGUUUCUUUCUCCCUCUCUGGUUCUUCCGGUUUAACUCCGAUUCCGUCCAGGUAUGGCGGGUGGGAUGACCCGGAUCUCCUCGAUGAAUCCUACAGAUCGGGUAAGUUCGAUUCCGUCCGGAACCUCUUAGCCUCUUUCGGGAUUAACGAACGAAAGCACGGGUUCCUCUUUCUUUUGGGAUUUCUCUCGGCUUUGGCGGUAUCUAGGGCGAGGAUUUCUUCCAUGGCCAUUUUGCCUGUCUCGGUGGUGAUUUUUGUGGCUGGAUUCUCGGCCGGGAUGAGCCAGGCGAGCGCCGCCAGUGGGUCAAUUUGGGAUUUUGAUGUGAAAAUCAAAGAUGUGAGUGAAUUUCUGAAAGAUAUGGACGAAAAGGUCUCAGAUUUGGGAAAUGGAUUAGCGGAAGGCGUCCAAUCUAAUCGUAUAGAGAAGAGUAGGCUUAAGGAUUAUGUUGACAUUCUCAAAUAUGUGAGAUCGAGGAUUGUUCAUGCUCAGAGGACGCUGGACGAUUCUGCUUCAGUUGUCAAUGUGGAUGAACAGACGGAUUUUGAACAGGGGAAAAAGUCGAGCCAAAAGCCAAGCCGGAACAGAAGGGAACUGGGGAUGAUUGCUUUUGACAUUCUUCAGUUUUUUGGCAAUAUAUUGCAGGAGAACUUCACCGUUCUGAAGCCAUCACAAGAGAGAAAUGCAAUUAACAAGGUAGAGCUGUCGGAGCAGGGAGUCUCAGUUGUUGAAAAGACUGAAGCGAGUGAUAUUGCAGCAUCAACUGUGAUAAGUGGAAAUGGUGUAAAUUUAUCUAGCAAAAAGUCUGUUAAUCCGAAUCUCGAAAAAUCACAAGAACCCUUAAGAGUCGCAGAGGGCGCAGCUGCAGAUCAAAAUAGCGGAUCAGUCAGUGAUGUGAAGAAAUUCGAAGACACCGGAGAUCAAAGAUAUAAGGACGAUAUGUUGCCAUUUGAUGAAGAAAACAAUCCGAAUGCAAGUUUUCGGUUCAAGACAAAGAAAGAACACUACCAGAAAAUGGUUUUCAGGCAUCAUUAUGAAGAUGCCAUUCAGAAUGAUGGACAUACUUCUAUGGGUAGUAAUUCAAACCAGAAAGCUACAAAAAAUAUAGACUUCUUCAAAGAAACUGCAGAAUCAUUGAUGUUAGAACAGAAAUUUGAGGUACACAAUAAGUCGUAUUUGCAUUCUGAUGAAUAUCAUGGUAGCAAUUUAAAGGAUGAAAGCAUAAGUAGCAUUGGUUCUAACAACCAAUUUGGCAAUGAUCUCAGUGGUUCAGGAGUGAAAACUGAUUAUCCAAUUGACGGUGUUAGGAAAGGCAAGAUUGCAUCUUCGUUUUCUUCAACGCAUUCAACUGAUGGUGAUUUUGAUCAAAAUGUCCAAGAAGCCUCAGAACUUCUAAGGCAGGCUAGGAUAUAUAUGAAGUCUCAAACCGAUGAAGCAGCAUUAGAUGCCUUAUUAUACAGAUCCGAGAAAUUGCUUUCUGUGGCUGUUCAUUUGAAGCCAAUGAGUUUGCUGGCUGUAGGUCAGUUGGGUAAUGCUUAUCUUUUGCAUGGAGAACUAAAAUUGAAGAUUAGCAAACAACUGAGAGCUCUCUUAUCCAAAAGUGAUGUCAUUCUAAAUGAAAAGUCAACUGUUUUAAGAGGUAAGAAAUUGGAUACAAGAAUCUUAAGCAGAGACAACCUUACUUCUGCCCUUACUGAUGUUUGUGAGGAGUGUGAAGAACUGCUAGGUAAGGCAGGAAGAAAGUAUAGAAUGGCUUUGACAAUUGAUGGGAGUGAUAUUCGAGCUCUAUAUAAUUGGGGUCUUGCUCUGUCAUAUCGUGCACAAUUGAUUGCAGAUAUUGGACCAGAAGCAGCUGCUGAUGCUGACAAGGUAUACAUGGCUGCAAUAGAUAAAUUUGACGCUAUUGUGACUAAGAGCAAUGCUUAUGCCCCAGAUGUGCAACAUGCUCAAUAGAACCUUAAUGUUUUGGGGAGCGUCAGGUAUCAAAUCUUAUACGACUUGGCUCAUGAAUCAAUUUCAAACAGCUGCCAUUUUUUACCUUGUAUUCAAGUAUUUAUCUUCAACUUUAGAUUGUAAUAGAGCAUCCCUAAAUGUGUAGGAGAGACGUAGACACGUGAUAUACUGAUAUUAUGAUUCAAGAACUGGAGUUCUGAUUGUGAUCUAAAACCUUUUGUUGUUAAACUUCAAAACGCUGUUUGUUAUCACUUAAAGUCAAAUAUCAUUGCCUAAAAUGAUGCCAAUAUAAAACCAUGCAUAUCAACCUUGACCUUUAUCUCUUCUUGAUCUGUUUUGUUUUUCCAUAUACUAGGGAACUCCUUAUAGGGCUCACUACAAAAUCACAAACAGUAAGCUUUUAUGUCAAGAGAGAGAAAAAACAUUUCAUUAUUUUUUUUUUAACUCAAUGGCCUUGUAACCUGAAAAAGAUUGCAGGGAAGAUUUAAGAAGCUUACUUCUGGUUUAUCAGCUAUCAUGUUCCAUCUUUGAGUUUCACGUUCCCGCCAUGGCUUAUGAUUUUUGCCUCAACGGCAGUUAUACCAUAUUUUAGUUUCUGCUUUAGUUUUGGCCUUUGAAUCUCGAAAGCACCACGCAAUUCAAAGUUAAAUCAUGUUCUGUUAUUCAGGUUUUGUCCUCCAAACAUUUGAUGCACGUUCUAGUUUACCUUGAAUCUUGAAUCUUGAAUCUAGCACUAGUUUUCAGUUAAGCAAUCAAUUUGUUCAUGUUUACCCUGAAAAGGAGAACUUGCAUCCCCGUAGAGACAGGGACUUACAUAUGUCCUUCCAAAGUCAGUUAUGAAUUCGAUCCCCAGUCGUGACUUAGCUUUUCAGUAAACCAUAAAUAAUAAUUUCAGAAACAUGUUUUCAGUUCCAAUAAUUUGUAACCUCGUACUUCAACUGAAACUAUAUAUUAUUUGUUUUGUCGUGCCAAUUUUUUUCUUCCAUGCUCAGCCAGCCAUAUUUCUAGAAGACCACAUAUCUUAGACAAG